CUGUUUCUAUGUUUCAAUGAGGAAGGGGGACCUGUGGAGGGCCUCUUGCUACAGGGCUCCAAGAAACCUGAAGCAGCUGUGUUCGAGCUCCUUUACUGUCAUGAUGGGCUGGCACGGCUUUCAGUCUGGUUUCCCUGUGAGGAUUACGCUGUUGCCGCUUCCCAUAAAAGCACCCCGUGGCUCAGUGUAAGCCCUCAAUCAGAUCUAUAAAAGAGCCAGCCUUUAAUGAUAAAAUAUGAUCCUUGGUUCUGCCCUGCGCCUGAGUUGGCAACAUUGCACACUGGCGACUCUACGUCAGCGCCUUCCUCGUUACAAAUCUCCACAACGAAGGGAGGUGACAGGACUCUGUGCUUUACAUAGGAGACGCCCAGCCCGUAAAUCCUGCCACAUUAACCGCUGAGCUGUUUACUUCUGCAUCCCCCUUUAUUUAUAGCCUUUCAGCAACGCGACCAGGGGAGACUGGAGGAGAUGAAGGCAGAGCUGUUCAUCCUCGGCGUCAGCUUAUCCUAACAUUUGGACACUGGGGAAAAAAAGCCUGAGCUGCUACUGCACAGUUCUCUCCUCUCUUUCUCCUCUCUCCUCUCAUGAGUGCUGCAAGGAAGGUUCUACUCCGAUAUUGCCUGGAAAAUUGGGGAUGGGGUGAAAGAGGAGGAGUCUCCAGAAGUAGCUUCCUUGAGGUGGGAGAAGCAGGCGAGAUCUGCAAAAUUUGGAAGGGUGGGCAGUGGAGCCCUUUAUUUCUUUGCUGAGUAUUAGUUACUUUCAUUGCUUUUUGCCUUUUGCUUUCCCCUCUUGCAAGGAAUCCAAGGCAGCUAACAUAGUGGCCUGCACUCAAUUUUAUGCUCACAACAAUCCUGAGAGGGAAGUUUGGCUGCUAGGACCACGCAGCUCCUGCCGGUUGCUAGAAAUCUUGCCAAGAAGGCAAUUUGUUUUGUAUAAAUCACCUUAUUUUCUUGUUCAGGGGGAAAAUACAUUUGUUUGCCGCAUCCAAUGGGCUGCCUAUGUUUCAGUUUCACUUAGAGCUACUUACAUCCCAUCAUACAGUCCAGGCGUUGUAAUAUUUCUUGAUAGUAGAACUGUUUCAGGUGUUUGAUUUGACCUUUUGGCAUUUUUCCAGCUCAAUGAUCUUGUUUAGAUAUGAACUGUGCACAAGAGCCGAGAGCCUGUGGAAUUCUAGCAACAUGUUUCCCUAUUUGUUUUCUCCACCCCAUAGAUAAUUUUGUACAUCUCUAGGGUGUGCCUCUUCUUAAUGGCUUUUUUCCAGUCUGAACAGUCGCAGGUAAUGUAAUGUUUCUCUCAUAGGAGGUGGAGGGCAAUUGCCAUCAUCCCUCAGAACUGGUGAUGUGGGCUAGGACAAGAAGCUGUUGCAGUCCAGCAAUAUCACAUGCCCCCAUCCCUGCGUUUAGCCGUAGCUGUCCAGAGAUCUAGAACCCUGGCUUGAUUUGCGUGCUUCUGUGGCCUGUUAAGACUUUAGGCAGUCAUGCUUGAAUUGGUGAGUGGGCAGGACAGGUGGGCAGACAAGACAAAAAUACAGCCAGCCCUUCCCUGUUUUAAAAGAAGGCUUGUUUGCCUACUUUGCUCUGAUGCAGCAAAGAAACUUCUCUUUUGCUGGUCCCUUUAGGAAAGUUACCCAAAAAUAAAAUAGAAUAAAAUAAAAUAAAAUAAAAUACCCCUGCUGCAUUGUAUUUCUUAGAGCAAUUAAUUGCGAUUUCACUGGUGGGCAAUCUAUUGCCUUGCUUUGGCAUUGCCUCUCUCUCAGCCGCCUUGCAUGCAGCCAGCUGUGUCACCAGAGCGAGAGACCAUCUGGCGCAUUGUAAUUUGACCAGCACCUGUGCAGGGAUGGAACGCCCACCAGUGAUCCCAUAGGCACCUUGAGGAGGGCAGGAGACAGGCAGUGCCACAUAGCAGACAAUGGCAGCUGCUGUGAUGCAUGGACCAUUGUGCCAGGGAAUGUGAGCCUCGUCAUAACGACAGGCUGUAAGGCAGCCAAAAUUCAGCUCCUGGAUUUGGGUAUGGCUGGGGUUCACCUCUCCUCUUUGCAGUUAUUCAUAGACCCAUACACUUGGAAGGGGCCUAGCAGGCUCUGGGGUCCAACAGCCUCCUCAGCGCAGGACUCAAGUCUCCCAUCCAGAUUCCAACCAGGCCUGACCCUGCUUAGCUUCCAAGAUGAGGCAGGAGUGGGCACCUAAUCCUUUGUUAGCUCUGCUCGCAUUCAUGAUUAUUCAGAUUUGCCAAUAAAUGCAUUAAUCGCAGAGGGACAAUGCACACAGCUGGUGGGAACUGAAAAUGCUGUGUGGUGGGCUUGUUUAUACAGCUCUCAGCAGGAUGGUUGUUUCCUGUCCUGUUACGCAUCUCCACUUGCUAGGCAGUGGCUGCCUCCUUUUUCUUGCUGCCAAGGGCUUGCGAGACAUGAAGAAAGAGUUGGGGUCUCCUUGAGGGCAGGGUCUUGAGGUUAACUCGGGGUGAGCAAGCCCUGCUUCUGCCCUUCAAGGACCAAGGGCAGAGGUGUUUAUAUUUGUGCUCCCUGUCUGUCUUUAAUACUAAAGGAUGUUUAGCCUCAGUGAAUUCAGAGAUUGAAAAGACCCAGCUCAGACUCAGUUGUGCUGAGCCUUAUGCCUUGGAAGAUGGGAUUCCCCGUUCUCAAAGAAAAUAGCAAACAAGCUGGACCGAAGUUUCCAUUGGAUUGCAUUUCCCUCCAUCCCUGAGCCUGGUCUAUCAUGCGACAGAGUCAGCUUUCUGGGCAUGUUUGCGGGUACAAGAAACUAUUCAGAUUGGGUGAGCCCAAUGCAUUUGCUAAAGCAACUGUGGACAGUCUUCUAGCCUAAGCUAGAUGCGUUGGAUCAAGGAAGGUCAAGUUCCUGAAGAACAGAGCAUCUAAGUUCUCAAAGCCACAUGACUCUCUAGAGAUGGGUGACACUGACAAAUAUCACCUGCUUCCUCCCAGCAAUUUUCAGCACCUUGCUAACUCAGCGCAGCCGUUCCCAUGCUGCCCAGGAAGAAGAGCUUCAUGAUGUUCUCCCCUGCAGAGGAGGGCAGGACAUGUUCCAAUGGCGCAAAGCUCAGGGAACCACAAGUCAAUCUGGAUGCCAGGAAGUACUUCUGGACAGGGCCUUCUGUCUGGUUUCCUUGCUCCAGUUUGUGAUGAUGGACAUUCUGUACUGCUGACCUUUGGACUUCUCUGCUGGAUGGCGCAGUGUAUUUGAUGGCUUAACUGUGCUUUGAUCUCCGCUUGUGCUUUGACUCCUCCUGUCUGGACCUUACUGGACUUCCAUCUGGGCACUUGACUGCAUGCCUGUUUGUGGAUUGUUUCCAUGGGUCAGAGUUUGUUUUGGCCCAAACAGGAUGUCUGACAGUCUUUCAGGACAGAUGUGUCCUACCUCAUACUUAUGCCAUGCUGCUUUUCCUCUUGUGAGACACCCAAGGCAACAUAAUGUGGCUCUUCUCAACUCCAUGUGAUCUUGACAACAGCAACAACCCUGUGAGAAAUCUGUACAUAUUGUCAAGUAUUUCUGGAAAUGUGAGGAUCCAUGGUGCAAUUCCUUGGAAUGUAGGCCGCCGCCUCUUCUUGAUUAACUUGUGUCCACAGAUGACAUGAUCAAGUCUGCAUGCUGGGACUGAUUCUCACCAAGCUUCAUGGGAAACUCCGCAUGUACAGAAUGUGCUCUCUCUUCUGCAAGAAUAUGGGGAAUCCACCCAUCCCCUAGAGAAGAACCCAUGGACAUCUUGGAUGAGAAGUGCUAUGCCUCUUUCUUGUUCUUCCUCAGCAGUUACACGGUCUAGGAGGUGCCACCUGCUCUCCAGCAGUGUGGAUGGGGAGAGCAGAUUUCUAAAUCAACCCUUCUUUGGAAAAAUAUGGUCCAAUUUUUGAAAUAUGGGGAGUUUUGCACAACUUUCAAGUCCCAUCACUGCUUGAAGAAACAGAAACAUUGGUCAUUUGUCCAUCUCCAAUAGAUUUCUUGGGAGUAAAAAAAGGUCGUCUGUCUUAUCCACAAUUCUUUCAACUUGUAAGUGAAGUAAUUGUGAGCCUUAUUGGAACUCAGCCCUAGAAUUGUAGCACAUAUCAGUGAGAACAAAGAAACAUCUUGAAGCCAAACAGCUAUAAGGAAGAUCGUGUUUGAAUGUGGAUGGGAGGUAUGUAUGUGUCUAAAAGUGGUAUGUGUUGUUUAGCUUAUUACUCCUAUUUGACUUACUUGUCUCUUUCCUCCAAAGAACUCAGCCCUACCCCUUUUAUGCUCCCAGCAAACUGAAGGGCAGUGACUGGGUCACAGUCACCCAGGAAACUGUGUGCCUGAACAGCCAUUCAAGCGUCAAACUCCCCAGUCAAUAGUAAGCUAGUUUGGUGUAGUCAGUAGAGAGCCGAAUCUAGACACAGGAGAUCUGGGUUCUAGUCCCCACUCGGCCAUGAUGCUCCCUUUGAGAUUUUGGGUGAGACACUCUGAACCGAAACUACCUUUUUGGGGUUAUGGUGGGGAUAAAAUGCAGAAGUUAGUAGGCAGGAAUGUAAAACCUGCCACGGAUUCCAAUUUCCAUCCCUACCAAGGGGAAAAGCCAUGAGCAUCUGCAGGUGGCAAAGCAGACUUUUUCUCAGGCUGGCUUAGAAGGAUGGGCAUUGUAGUGCACUGCCACUAGAAAGCACCAGGUUGGAGAAGGCUAAUCUGUUUGUCUGUCCUUGUUCUCAUGCCAUCUUUACAAGUGGCCAUCACAAUAGUCUUUGUCAAUGCAUCCCAGGAGGAUGACAGUGUUUUAUGAAGUGCUUCUGAUUGCCUGUCCUGGACCUCCCACCAAUCAAUUUUAUUGGAUGACCCCAAGAUCUAGUAAUGUGAAAGAGACAUUUUUCAUUCAUAGCUCUCCCUCCACACCAUUCAUAAUUUGGAGCCAUUUCCCAUCACCUCUUAACCAUCCUUCCGCCCACAAAAUCAAUCUUAUUCAUGUUCUACCUGUCUCAAACAAAGGCAGUGGCAGCUUUUAUAAAUGAAGCAAGAUACAUCAAUGCCAGGAGCCCAUACAAGCAUCUCUUGAUAAACAAUGCAUUGUGCUGGGGUGAUGGAGGAGAAGGAAAACAUGUAAAGAAACGUAUUUCCAUUUCAGAUACUUGAGAGGUUCAGCUUUAAAAAACGUAAGUGCAAAGAGCAGAAAAGUCAGCUUUAAAAGACAAUGGAAAAGGUUUCAUGGGAACCUACUGCAGAGUUGCUUCUGACUGAACAGAUCUAAUAAUUUUAUACAACUUCCAAGUUCUGAAGCUGCCGUUCUAAGAAUGCCAACAGUCUGGGAAAAUCAGCAAAGGAACACUGUGGAAGGUGGACUAGGCAUUGCCUUGGGAGGGCUACAGACUGGUUGGAUUCUGCUUCUGUACUGGGGAUAGCGUCUGUCUGAAUACCAGUCUCUGGGAGCAUGAGGAGUAGGACUCCAAGCCAUUGCGUUUGUGUCCUGUUUGUGGGUUUCCAUGGACUUCUGAUUAGCCCCUGUGUGGGCUGAAGACUAUACUAGAUCCACUGUUCAUCUGUGAUAACUAUUCCUAGAUCCUGGAUUACAAACCUGGGAAUCAAUCCAGAUGAUAGACCAAACCCCAGAACUUCCACCUCUGACUACUUUGGUUCCCUUGAAAGUUCCUCAAAAGCAGAAUCUAAGUCUGUCCCUUAGGUGAUGACAUGUAAGCAUCUUGCUUUCAGCAAUAAUUGGUAACAAAUAUGGAUUUCGAUUCCUUCCUUCCAACCAAUGGGUGUCCAUCAUGCUUUCUAGGAAGUUGACAGGGUCUCCAUAUGCUGGAUUAGUCCUCUAGGCUAGCACUUCCUGCAUUAAUAUGGAACUAUGCUUCAGGGUUCUGCAGAUCCACCCAGCAAUGCUGGGAACUGAACCUGCAUGCAGAUCAAUAGCUCUGUUGCUGAGUUUCACCCCUACUACUUAUGGAAUGUGUUCCAGAGACACAAAGCUUGUUGGACUUGAUUGAGAUCCUACAGCCUCUGUCAACGUGCUCUACUGGAUGAGAAUGGGCAAUAUCCAAAGGUGCAGCUGAGCAACUCUUUAAAAGCCCAGCAGUUCCUUUCCUCUGCUAUGUUUGCAGAGACUUUUCUCUGGUUGUUUGGGACGGGGAGUUCAUCACUGUGCAUGCAAGUCUUGCAAGCUGAGAAAUUCUAGUGAGAAAAUUGGUCAGGAGCAAAGGUGGUCAUAUUCUGUUUUGCUUUAUGAAUGCUGAUUUCACUGGAUCUCCAGUUUGGUUUGGCACUCCAGCUCAAGUCCACGGGAUCAGAAUCCUGCUUGCCUAGGAUUCAACUCUGGCUCUUUGCAACAAGAGGAAUACCUGUGUCUCCAACCAGACCUUCCAGCGGUUUCCUUCCAUGCAGCUACAAUCCCAUUCAUGCCACUGGCUCACCCUGAGAUCUUCCUCAGAAGUUCUGCGGGAGCCCUGCCACCAACAGAACAGAGCCUUUUCUGCUGUGGCACCCCAACCUUGGAAUUAACUUCCCAGAGAGGGUCUCCUGACAGCUCUUUCUAAUACCAGGUUUUCUCAUCCCACCGUGGGCCAGAUUAUCCUCCGAUGCAAGUCAGCACAGAAUUAUGGCUCGCAGCAGGAUGCCUUCAGAUGCCAGAAUAACCAGCAUGAUGGAACUGCUCUGUGUUUUGAAAUAGCGGCAACUUGAUGGCACACAGAUAAGAGAAAGGGAUUGAGGAGUGGCUCAGAAGGAAUUGCUGAUGAACACCCAGUGUCCCGAACCCAGAAAACAGAGAGCCAUUGGCCAAAUGCAUCUGGAAAGGGGUUUCAGUGGUAUUCUGCUGUGAGCACACAGAAGAGGGCCAGGGAUGGUGCCUGGGUAUCUUUUUGUGCCUUAGGGAAUGGGUGCCAAACCUCCUUCAUCCUGAGGGCCUUCAACAGUAGACCACUCCUCACGAAGAAAUGAAUUCAGCAGCAUCAAUAUAUUCCAAAAAAAGGUAUCAUAGCUCUUCUAGUGCUGAUUCAAAGAUUUCUUUGAUUUGUGUGGUAGAAAUGAGCAAAAACACCUCACCAAAAAACAACUCGGGCAGGGGGUGGGGUGAGGGGUUAACUUUCAAUGUAUGGGUGGCAAUGUUUUAUCAUCCCAGUGGUACCUUUUGAGAAACAGGGUGGAGGAAAAAGAUGCCAUUGCUAGCAACAGCAGAGAAACAAAUCCCAUUCUUCUUGCUUCUCCUUUCUGAGAAGUAAGAAAGAGCAAGAGAUAAGAGAGCAAAACUCUUCAUGGUAAUCACCCUUGAAAGUUAAGCGCCUUCCCUCUCCCAUGAUCCCCACACAAAGCUUUUUUAUUAUGCCCUCAAGGUUGCUUGUGGGUUCUUCAGAUACUGUUGUAAUCCUCCAGUUUCCCUUCUGUUUUCAAGACCAUGUUUUCAUGCAGUGCUUGGAACUCAAGUCUGUGAAGUAACCAAAAGUGGAUAGAACAGAUUCACAGGCUCAGGUUGCCACAGCCGCUUGUGCUGAUGGGGAGAAGACACGUAAAGCCAGAGGAAGAAACAGCCAUCAAGGGCCCCACAUUCUCACCCUACUUGACCUCUUCUGCAGAAAGCAAGCGGGAGAUCUCCAUUUCUGGCCAUUUCACUGAUGGGACAGACAGUCCCUCCUGGAGGUAGUUGAUCAGCUUGACUUCAUUAGAGCUUAAUGCUGAAAUUCAGUGCCCAUUUUUCUGGGAGCCAGUUCCAACGAUCUUGGUGUGAUUGAGUUCUGAGAAUCCAUUUCUUGGAUUGCACAGAAUCCUUCACUUUCUAAUGAAUUCAGCUGGGAUUCUUGUGGUGUGCCCACUUGCCCAAUUCUACCUCUGAAUAAAACACUACUCAACAACAGCUGAACAAUUUUGUAAAAGACAAUUACUUUUGCUGCUGGAAAGUCUUCCCUAACCUUCUGUCAAAAGUGGCCAGGUGUUCGAAAUCUCAUGCCUCAGAAUGACCCACUGUUGCAGUAAGUCAGAAAGCAGCUUAUUUGAGCCACAGCUGAAUCUGCUUUUUAGGCACUGGGCUGGAACAAAUGAGAACCCAGUCUCAAGAGCUAUUGUUCAAAGGUUUAUGGACUGCUAUGAACUGCCCAGAGAGUUUUACUAUAGGAAUGAAAUUGAUAAGAAGACAUUCAUUGCUGUGAUAAGCCUGGGGGCAGAGGCAAAGGACAAGCUGGCAACUGAGGUUGGGGCCAAAGGACAAAGAACAAGCGAGAAGGCCAGACCAGCCCAUGCAUGGAACUCGGCAAGACUUGUGGCUCAAAACAGAGUUCGGGACUCCAGAUGUUUUGGUUUACAACUUCCAGAAUUCCUGAGCAUUGGCCAUACAGUUGAGUUGAAGUUCAACGCAUCUGGAAGACACCUGCUUGGGGAAGACUGAUGUAAACACCGCAGGAUCCAGGAUCAUUCCCAGGAACUGGUGCAGAUUGUCAGGAGUGCUGACCGACGGAUGAGGAGCAGGAACGCCAAGGUGGGCGCCCUGCUGGACCGGGAGUCCAUCCUGCAGCGGCUGGACCACCUGGAGGAAGUUGUGUAUAACCAGCUCAAUGGUCUAGCCAAGCCAAUGGGAUUAGUUGAAGGCCCUGGAGGCUUGGGCCAAGGGGGAAUAGCUGCCACCCUAAGAGAUGAUAGCCAUGAGUCUGAAACCAAAUAUGAAGAAUAUGGCUAUAAUGCUCAACUAAGUGACAGGAUUUCACUGGACAGAUCUAUUCCCGACUACAGGCCGAAAAAGUGCAAGCAGAUGUCCUACCCCGAUGACCUUCCCCAGAUCUCAGUGGUCUUCAUUUUUGUCAACGAGGCCCUCUCGGUCAUCUUGCGCUCAGUGCACAGUGUUGCCAAUCACACACCGUCCCAUUUGCUCAAGGAAAUUAUUCUGGUGGAUGACAACAGUGACAACGUUGAGCUGAAGUUUAAUUUGGACCAGUAUGUCCAUAAAAGGUAUCCAGGACUGGUGAAAAUUGUUCGCAAUAACAAACGGGAAGGGCUGAUCCGAGCCAGAAUCCAAGGAUGGAAAGCUGCCACAUCUCCUGUUGUUGGGUUCUUUGAUGCUCACGUUGAGUUCAACACCGGCUGGGUAGAACCAGCGCUUACGCGGAUCAAAGAGGACAGGAAGCGGAUCAUUCUUCCGGCUAUUGACAACAUUAAGUACAACACUUUCGAGGUGCAGCAGUAUGCCAACGCAGCCCACGGCUACAACUGGGGCCUCUGGUGCAUGUACAUAAUCCCACCUCAGGACUGGCUGGACAAGGGGGACGAGUCGGCACCUAUCAGGACGCCAGCCAUGAUCGGCUGCUCAUUUGUGGUGGACAGAGAGUACUUUGGCGAGAUUGGUCUGCUUGACCCUGGCAUGGAGGUUUAUGGAGGAGAGAACAUAGAACUUGGCAUGAGGGUCUGGCAGUGCGGAGGAAGCAUGGAAGUGCUGCCUUGCUCCCGAGUGGCCCAUAUCGAGCGCACGAAGAAGCCCUACAACAAUGACAUCGAUUACUAUGCAAAGCGCAAUGCCUUGCGUGCCGCCGAAGUCUGGAUGGACGACUUCAAGUCGCACGUCUACAUGGCAUGGAACAUACCAAUGACGAAUCCUGGAGUUGACUUCGGCGACGUUUCUGAAAGGGUAGCUUUGCGGCAACGUCUUCACUGCCGGAAUUUUAAGUGGUACUUGGAGAACGUCUAUCCUGAAAUGAGGAUUUACAAUAAUACCAUCACUUAUGGAGAGGUUCGUAACAGCAAAGCCAGUGGCUACUGCUUGGACCAAGGAGCAGAAGAAGAUGACAAAGCAAUUCUCUACCCCUGUCACGGGAUGUCCUCCCAGCUCGUCCGUUACAGCUCCGAAGGACUCCUGCAACUGGGCCCCCUGGGAUCCACAGCAUUCCUGCCGGACUCGAAAUGCCUCAUUGAUGAUGGAAAAGGAAGGACCCCGACUUUGAAGAAAUGUGAAGACACGUUGAGGCCAGCUCAGAGACUAUGGGACUUCACCCAGAAUGGUCCAAUCAUCAGCCGAGACACUGGCCGGUGCCUAGAGGUAGAAAUGUCAAAGGAUGCCAAUUUUGGUCUCCGAUUAGUUGUCCAAAGAUGCUCAGGGCAAAAAUGGAUGAUCAGAAACUGGAUAAAACAUGGUCGACAUUGACUUUGGCUUGGGAAGAAGAUGCGCUUUCUUCUGGAGUCCUUCAACCACAGGAUGUAGGUGUCCUUCCAAGAGAACUGGCUGAAAGAGGACUUCUGUGCUGAGAAGACAGAUAAUGGAAGGAGAAGAUGACCAGAGCUGAGAAGGAAUGGGUUUGAUUGUUGUGUUUUACGCAAGGAUGGAGACUGGCUUCCCAUAUAAGGCCAAGGAGGUAAAUACACUGUGUUGAGGAUGUGCCAUUUCAGACUGCAGGCAAGGGCUCACAUGACCAAAUGUUUCUUUUAGCCCCUGUAUAUAUAGCAUGUCAGAGACGGUGCCAGAGGGUCUGUGAUGUGCUAACUUUCUGGAUGGGCUGGGUGAGGAGCGUUCAAUAGUGCAAUAUCCACCCUGCUGUCUGAAACGGUGCAUUCCCGGCACAGAAUUUGUCCCCUCGGUGAAUUCUAGGCCUAAUCCAUCCUCAUAUCAUUGAGUGACCUUGGAAAGACUUGUCUAAGUUACUUUGGAAACUCUUUGGGACAACUGCAAAAAAAUAAGCAGACUAUCAAGCCAGCCGUUGCUUCCAUUCUCCCAACGGGAGGGCAGCCAUACUGGAGAUGUGUUUGCAAGACAGAUCGGUCCCUUGCCUCAUUGAAGAGAAAGUCCUUUGCCAGAAGGAAUUGUUAGCUUUAAGUUGCUGACCAAUGCACAGCUCCAAUGGUGAACAGAACCAUGUGCCUUUUCUACUAUACUUCCUAUCCAAGUGGACUGGGAAAUCCCAUCAUUCAGCAUGUCUGAUUAACUCUUCUCAGCAACAACAAGAACAACAACAAAUGCAUACUCUGUAAAUAAGUUACUCUGCAAAAAAGCAAGCAAACAAACAAAAACAUACCCACAUCUAAUAUAUCACAUGAUUCUAGAUUGUUUGCCUGGGAGGCUCCAUUUAUGAGAAGGGCAACGUUAUUCAUGGCUACUGAAAAUGAGGAUGGAGACUUUGCUGUGAUGCUGUCGAUCCAGAUGUGUCUUUCAUCUCUUGGGGCAAAUUCAGAAGGGAAAGCAGAUGGUUCUGUAGGUCGGUGAUGGAAGCCAGUUGGACAUGGCUGCACUGGGUUAGAGCUCCUUACACCCUCUGCCAAUCCACAGAACAAAGCUGUGCAUUUAAAACAUUGCCCAUUUGGGGUAACAAUUAAGGGAAAGGGCAAAUCUGGUGCCACCAUGUGGUGUAUGCUGAACCCAGGCACCUUGAUGGGACCACCCUUGAUAUUUACCUGAGAGAUCAAUUCCCCCCUUUUUUAUUUUACUGAUUUCUGGCAAUCUGGCACUGGGCUUAAGGAUCCCUUUUAGUAUUUUCCCCCAAUGCCAUGAUCAAUAAGACAUUCCAGGAUAUUGUGAAAGGAGAAAGAGGACCACCUCCAUUUUUUCCAUGGGGUUGGUUCUCUUUCUGGUGGCUCUCAGAGUGUUCCAGGUGACUUGACUUCCAGGGUAUGAGGAGGGAAAAAUUCAAUCUGGCGGCUAAAAAUUAAAAGCUGUUGUUGUUAUUAGGGAUUCAAGGUAGCAGGCAAUGGUGAGGGGUGAAUUCAUUGGGACCCCACGAGACUGAACUUUGCUGUGGAGCCUUCAACAUUGGAAUGAGCCCUAGAAAAAGAUGAAAGGGUAAGAAGUUGGCUGUAGCAUUUUUAACAAUUCAAAAUAAAAAUGGGCCAUCCACCUGCAAGUUGUGGUGGAGGCCACACUGACAGUUGAACCAGA